UCAGCCGGAACGUUAGGCAGCGCUUGUACUAGUAGUAGUACCGUAUUUGUGCAGUUCGUCUGUGAAUCUGUUUCGCCCCCUUUUCGCCGAACCUGGUGCAAGAAAAUGCCUUCCCAAAUCAUCUCACAUUGUAGAUUAUUGGCUCGAUUUCCUGCCAGAAUCAUCGGUCAAACAAUCUCAAACAAGAUGGUAAGUGAAGUUAGAGAGAGUAGAACUCUGCACACAUCAAUGUGUCGAGCAGAUAGGAAUUAUUACUACAUACCUGCCUAUCCCAAAGAUGAUCCAGUGCGAGAUGAACCAAGGACAGAGCUCAUUGAAUCAAAGGAAGAUUUUAAAUUUGUAGAAAGAUUACUUCCUUCAAUGCAGAUCCCUGCUGUUCCCAAUCAUUCACAAUAUCCUACUCCUUCAGGCUGGUCACCACCAUCAGGUCCAGCAUCAGAUGUACCAUACAGUAUUAGCAGGACACGGUAUCAUCAGAUACCUGUUUUCACAGAAACUAAGAAAACUACACAACACUGGACACUGGUCAAGAACAUCAAGGGAGAUAUUUGGUUUUUGGCUGAAGCCCUUAAAGAGCACUUAGAGAAACAACAAGGAAAAGAUAUACCAGUAACAGUCAAUGAAGUCACCAUGAAAAUUCGUUACAAAGGACUCUAUGAAGACCAAGUCAAGCAGUGGCUUAUUGAGAAAGGAUUCUAAGACUGCUCUUGAAGGGAACAGUUAAGUGGUAAUAGACUCUGACACUGGGGAGAUUAGUUGAUGAAGAUAGAAGGAUGCGCUGAAACAAAGAAUUUCAAGGAUUCAAAGCUUAUUCAGAUGGAUAUUUGAGAUUCAUAUUUUGUAGACGAUGAUGUGUUUUGUCUUAAUUUGCUAUGCUUUGUGGAUGCAGGUUUCAAUAAAGUGACAAAAACUCAGAUUGAUUUUGGAGGAGUGUCAAAAUCUUUUUGUGUAGUAGUCCACUUCCACAAUCCAGAGUAUGACAUCUUCGGAAGAAAGUCUGACGACAUCAUGUGAUUUACUUUACUGUUUGCCUCUAUGGUACAAGUUACACUAAAUGAUAAAGGCGAUUGAUGAUCAUGAAUUAAAACAAAGACAAUGAUGCAAUGGAUUUAUCUUCAAACAGUUGCUCUUAUUGUAAUAUUAAUUAUGUGUAUGAUGGUUCUUUUUUUUCAUACUAUAAAAGGAAUCACUUUUUAAUAUGCAUUCAGAUUUCAAUAAAAGGUGUGUAACAGCCAAUAUUAUUUAUAACAAGGAAAUGUAUACAGUCCAUUUGAUAUAUUGAUGAUGUCUGAAUAUUGAUUAGAUAGUGGGAUUGUGUGUUUAGUUCUAGACUAAUCUGACGUGCAUGCAUCUGCUAUUCAGUUAAUGUAUUGAAAGAUACAUUGGAACAAUUACUGGUAUAUUAUGCUACAUCAUAUUUGCAAUUACAGCCGAAUCUGCCUAAAUGGAAUCUUUUUAAUCAUAUAUAUGUGUUUGACUUAGGCAAAAUCAGACCACAUGCUUUCAUAAUCUCCUUAUCACAAAGAGUUUAGUGUGGCUUAAAGGUGUGCUUAAAUGGCAUUGUGCAUUGUGUAUCUAAUGUGUAAUCUCAUUGAUGACUACACAGCAGUACACGUCCUCUAAGCAGGAUUUGACCAUUCUACAAUCUUUGUGAAACACCCCCCCCCCUUCCCUGGUCUGAAAUAUUGUUUUGACAUAAGUGAUUUAUUUUACUUUAAUAGAGAAAGUUGACUUGUGCAGACUUAAAUGUACAGUAAUUUGUUUUUAGUACUGGUAAUUACAAAACAAAGCAAAUGAUAAACAUUUUACAAUUAUCGCUUAACAUUGAAUAUAUUCAUCACAAAUUAUCUUAUGUAUUUAACAUUUCUUAAAAAUAGAAUUGAAGAACAAAAACACAAGAGACAUAAAGUCAGCCAUAUAUAGGUGAAAGAAUAAAUAUGAUUUGUUCAUAUGAA